AUGGAACUGGUGGCUAUCAUACUGUGGAAUCUCUGGAACAAUCGUAAUGGAGCUACCUUUGCUGGUUCCUAUAGAGACCCCCUUAGCCUGGCUUCACUUUCAAUGAAUUUUUUGCAUCAAUAUCGUGAUGCUAUUUCAAACCCAACACACGGGUCAAUCACCUCUACCCACUACCAAGCCACUCGAACGCAUUGGACUAAGCCUCGGAUGGGUUUUGUCAAAGCAAACUUUGACGGGGCCAUCUUUCCGUCAGAAGGUUUCUUUGGUAUUGGGGUGGUAGUGCGUGAUGACGCAGGCAAUUUCAUAGCGGGGUUGACGAAGAAGAUCCCCGGUGUUUUGGCCCCUGACGUGAUUGAAGCGUAUGCUGCAAAAUUUGGAACGAAACUGCUGGUUGAGCUGGGCUAUAGUCACGUGGCUCUUGAAGGUGACAACCUCAAGGUUAUCAAAAUGCUCCAGCUUUGUGACUCUGAUGAUUCGGCAUGUGGCGUAUUGGUCGAAGAUGUCCUGCAGCUCCUGAGAAGUUUCGCCAAGUGGGAAACCACAUGGAUACCGCGUUCUUUGAACAGCGCAGCUCAUAGCUUUGCUAGGAAUACUUGUACUGCCUUGGAUGACUAUUUGUGGAAUCUUUCACCCCCGUCUUUUGUAUUAUCCGCACUACAGGCGGACCUCAUUCCAUCUUAA